GGGAGGGCUGGUGCCGUUGCUGGUUUGCUGCCGUGCCCGUUCCUGCCGGUGUUGGUGGCGUUCGGGGGUCCUUCCCGCGGGAGGACUGUGGGCCCCGGCCGCGCCGGCGGCCGCUGUCCCAGGGGGACGCCCUACACCCGCAGGGCUGUUGUUGGCGGCGGCCCGGGGACUCCGGUGAGGAGGAGAGCGAGCGGCAGGGUCGAUGCGAUCGGCCGCGAUGGGGCGGUGCCAUCGGCUCUCGGCUGGCGCUGCCUGCGGCAGCGGGCGCGUGACGCACCACCGGGAGCGGCGGGGCCGGGCCGGGGUCCCGCGGCCUCGAGAUCGUCUCAGGGACCGUUCCGGGCCGGGCCGUGACACCGCGGGGACAGCAGCGCUGCGCAGAUUUGGCAUAGACAACACUGCAGGAAGAAGAUGACCCACUGGUUCCAUCGCAACCCUCUGAAGGCUACAGCUCCCGUUUCAUUUAAUUUUUAUGGGGUAGCCACCACUCCAGCUGCAAAAAGGUUUGCAAGUAAUGAAUUGCGGUUGUCUCGAACACGGCUAUUGGAGCUUUUUACAGACUCAAGCUGUAAUCCAGAAAUGAUGAAGAAUGCAGCUGACUUCUACUUCUCACUUCUGCAAGGUUUUAUCCUUUCACUGGAUGACUCUUCCCAAGAGUGCAAGUUGAGAUAUAUUCAGAAUUUCAAGUGGACGGACACGUUACAAGGACAAGUCCCAAGUGCCCAGCAGGAUGCAGUGUUUGAACUGGUUUCCAUGGGAUUUAAUGUAGCUCUAUGGUACACAAAAUAUGCAUCAAGACUUGCUGGAAAAGAAGAUAUAACAGAGGAUGAAGCAAAAGACGUUCACCGCAGCUUGAAGAUAGCAGCUGGGAUUUUUAAACACCUGAAGGAAAGUCACAUUCCAAAAUUGAUUACACCUGUGGAAAAGGGAAGAGAUUUAGAAGCUCGACUUACAGAGUCCUACAUCAUACAGUGUCAAGCUGAAGCUCAAGAAGUGACAAUUGCUCGGGCUAUUGAGCUGAAACAUAAUCCAGGCCUAAUAGCUGCUCUUGCUUAUGAAACAGCCAACUUCUACCAAAAAGCUGAUCAAACAUUAUCUAGUUUGGAUCCAACCUAUGCAGGUAAAUGGAGGAAGUACUUAAACUUGAAGAGCUGUUUCUAUAUGGCCUACGCAUACUGUUACCAUGGCCAGACUUUGCUGGCGAGUGAUAAAUGUGGGGAAGCAAUCAGAUCUCUGCAGGAAUCAGAAAAAUUUUUUACCAAGGCUGAAGCAUUGUGCAAAGAAUAUGGAGAAACCAAAGGGCCUGGGACUACUGCCAAACCUUCUGGACAUCUUUUCUUUAGGAAAUUAGGAAGUUUGAUUAAGAACACAUUAGAAAAAUGCCAGCGAGAGAAUGGAUUUAUCUAUUUCCAGAAGGUGCCAGCAGAGGCUCCCCAGCUGGAAUUGAAAGCAAACUAUGGCUUAGUAGAGCCUGUUCCUUUUGAGUUUCCAGCUUUAAACACACACUGGACUCCUGAAACAGUUGCAGCAUUUGAUCUCACCAAGAGGCCAAAGGAGGACACUGCUAAACCAAAACCAGAUGAAGAAGUAAAACCUCUGAAGGAACCAAAUAUAAAGCCUCAAAAAGACAGUGGAUGCCAGAUUUCUUAAAUGCCAUAAGUGCUUUGAAUUCACUUUGAAACUCUAUUCAUAGGACUCUGGGGCUUUUGUUCUGAUCUCCUUUUUUUGAUUCUCCUCUUUUCAUUUACAAGGCUUAUUUAAUUUACCUUCGUUAAUAUGUAUCUAUCUUUCUUAAGAUUGUGGUGGAUUUCUAGGUGGUUAUUUAUAUCUGACUUAUUUUUGGUUUCAGUGGGAUAUCAUAGAAUGAGUGGGCUUAAAUGUUCCUAUUGUGCCUCUAGGGAGUUUCUUUUUGUGGGUUUAGUUUUACCCACAAAUAACAAAGGAAGUAUCAUGAUUGUAAUGCUUGAGGGUUUUUCCAUUACUUUAUAUGCUGUAUCAUGUCCAAUUCUGCAAACAGAAGUUUGCAUGAACAGUUAUAUUUAUUCAAGUUUUGUCAUUCAGGCUUAGGACUUUUUUGUGUUUGAAUUCACCUAAUUGUAAUGAGGGAAGAAAAUCUGGGUUUGGAUUGUAAUAGUCAUAUGGUAUUUCACAGGACUUGCACAGAACUUGGGAAACCUGAAGUUCUGCAUAACAGGAGCACAAUUUAUGUUCUGAAACUAUUAGUCUCUGUUCUUUCCUCUAUAGAUUAGGGGUUUUAUAUCAGAAUUUGUAGCAAAGUACCUUAGCUUUGUCUGUCCUUUAAUCCAAAUCCUUUAGUAUCAAAGUGUAUGUGAAAGUAAUGCAGCAAGCAAUAUGGAAGUGCUUAAAAGCAAAGCAUCCCUGUGUCAUUUGUUCAGAGUUUCUGAAUCUUCAAAGCUUUGUUAAGUUCAAAGGCUGCAGACAGUUCUAAUCUGGCACUGGAAUUCCUGAAACUGUCAUGAUAAGGUAAUGGAUUUGGAAGUAAGUUGAUGUGUUUCCAUCUGGGUGGUGUCUAUAAGAAGCUGUCAGGAGAACAGGGAGGAAAGAUGAGCUGAAGAGCUGAUGGCACAGCUGGGAAGCCAAGCUCUAGAUUUCCUUUAUGCCCUGUAUAAACAGUGCUGCUUCUCAGGUUUUGCAGUAUUGCACUAAAAUCAGCUCUUUCUGAAGAAAACUUGUGAAAAGCCAAGCCCAGUCAAGGCUGAGAAAGAAAGAAUUUUGUAGAACUUGCUUCCAUUUCUGCCUGCUGUGGAAAAUGUGACAGCAUUCUUUAGUGCUGAGCACUGCAAAACGCCCUUGACAACAAAAACAUCUUUCUGAUUCAUUGCAAAUGCAAAGGUAUAUGGUGCAUGUGUUGAAGUUAGAGCCUUGCAAUCCCUGGGUACCAGUUGCUGCGCUUCUCUUGGCCUGAGAAAGAAACUGAGCAGCCUGACAAUGUUCACCCUUCCAGCAAACAUGAUGGCCAAUGCACUUACCGUGAUGUAAACUGUAAACACAUUGCUCACUUUGUACUCUUUGUUCACCUUACACUGUGCUGUGAUUCAGUGCUUCUAAAAUCCUUAAUGGGGCUUGGAGACACUUAGCUUAGAGAGCAAGUCUGUAACUCCUUGAAGGCCUGUGGAACAAAAGCUGCCAAGGAGGUUAAUAGGGAACUCAAGACUCUGAGAUACUGGACCAAAUUAAAAAAUUUGUUGAUGCAAAAGGCAAAGAGUCUUUUAAUGCUGGCUAUUACAGGUUGAACAAAUGCAGACCUCCUUGCUUCCCAUGAUGGAUUUUUCUUUCUGUCAGUUCUGCACAUAAAACUAAGUGUAAAGUGAGCUGAAUUUCUUUGGAAGAAGUUACUGUUUUGCAGGGGCCUAGAGGAUAAUGAGUAUCAAGAAGAAUACAUACCUGAAAUGGCUCCAUUUCUUCUGGUGCUGCAUGGGGACCUGGUGUAUGUUUCAUGAACAGUUACUCAAAUUUGUUCCUAACUUGAUCAGCUGACUCAUUAGACUUCUUGCAUUGUUAAAAUACCAGCUUAGGUUUUGCCAGAGUAGAGUGUGGAGUUAGUUUUCUUAUAUAGAUUUUAAUUCUAAAAUGUGUAUUCCAGCUGUAGUCAUCAACAUUUGUUCAGCCUGCCGCCUUUAAGGAUCAAGAUACAGUUAAUUCAGUUUUGUAAUCACAAUUUUUUUAGCUACUCGUUUUUCAGAAUUCUUUGCCAAUAUAUACACAUCUCAACUGAAAUAGUUUUCCUUCUGUGCAGACUAGAGCCUGCUUUCCCUUCUCCCCUCAUUUUCCCUUCCGCCUGCUACAAACUGUGGCACAGACUUACCCUCAUUUGCUAAUGCACUUGUAGGUCCUGGGACUCAUUUCCAAUGCAGCUUUUAUCCAUGGGGAAUAUCUUACAAUCAAAUUAACAAAUCAUUACUAAAUCAUUCCUAAACAUCUUAGUAGGAAAGAUUAUUUUAUGGACUUGGAAUUCUUUGCACACUUUCUCAAACUAAGCUGUUUGUCUGAAUCAAGUUCACUGUAAAUAGGUUGGGGCAUAACCAAGUGAAUUGUGUCAGAUGAUGACUUUACUUAAGCCUACCUGUGUAACCUCUUGUGCCAUAGCUGUUUCAGUAAAUAUGCUGUAGUAGUUUAAAAAUAGACUAAUGGAAUAAAUUAAUUCAUUUAACAUGUGUUGCUUUUCAAGAGAAACUUUGUUUACUUCUAGCUGAAAUCCUGUGGCAAACAUUGGAUGGUUUUGCCAAAAAAUAAGAAGCUGGAGACUGUUUAGUUUGCAAAGUAGAGAGAGCUGUGAGGCAAUGAGCAGCUUUCUCUUCUGGUUUUGUUGGGUAGUAGCAGGAAUUACUGUAAAUAAGAUGUAGAUUAACUGUCCAAUAUGCUUAAGAAUAUGAGUGAAUGAACUGGGAGUUUCAGUUAAUCUGGAAACCCAGCAGCCAUGUUCCUUCUCUUAUAGCUCCCUCUAGUAAUUUUUAAGAGUGAGGUCUUUUGAAUGGUGACUUUUUAAUAUUCUCAUGCUGCAAGAGCCUGUUUUUGUGGCCUCUCUCUGGUUUUAGAGGCUCUCAUGGCUAAGCCUGCAAAUCUUGUUGCUGUAAAUAAUCUUUAAAAAUUUGUGCCCCGUCUGAAGCAGGACAGAACUGCAGCUGAAUAAAACAUGGAGUGCUGAGCCCUCUGUUUUGUGCUUUAAGGAAAGCAGUGAUUGUCUUUAAUCUACUGUAAACCAAACCAUCAAGCUUUUUGUAGGAUUUCCAUUUAAAUACCUUCCUCCAUGUAUUUAAAUAUACUUUCUCCAUGUAUUUAAAUACACUUCCUCCAUGUUUCGUGUUCCUGAGUUUUCAGUAGUUACUCUCCAUCCAGCAUGUGACACACUGAGGGACUAAACCUGGCCCUUGGAUGCUAAUGUCUGCCUCUCACUGGAUUUAGUAGAGGAGUUUUGCCUGUCAGCCUAGGGAUGGUGUUUGAUCACUUGGAUGUUCAGCAUGGAGCCGUGGUGUGUCUGUAACAAUGGUAGUCAUUUGUACAAUGAGCAGGAAAAUGGAUCCCUGUGUCUGUGUAGAAUAGAACGGUAGAAUAGAGACAACUUUGCACUUUAAAAUUUUCUUGUCUUGCAAAUUUGGAACAAUACAAUAUGCUUGUAAAUACUCCUUCCUGUCAUUUUGUUGCACAUUUUGGUACUGUGCUAUGGGUAAGGUUUUAAUGGGAAACAUUACUAAAAUGUAUUUUUAAUUGUCUGUGUGUGCUUCAAACUCAUGAAGCAUAUCUCUGCCUUUAGUAUUGGGGAGCAUGAGAGGAGGCAGUAGCUCAUCUGUCUUCCAUGGUAAUUCCAGGAGGUGAAGACUUUCUAUCUGUUGGCUGUGGGGUGAAACAUUUCAUCCCGCCCCUGUGUCUGGUAUCUAAACUGAUGUUUCAGCAUUAACAUAAAUCCUGUUCAUGCCUGUUAAUUAUCCCUAAAAAGAGUCUGUCUCUAAAGAUCACUCUUAAAGUACCAUAGUAGCAUAAGCUGGUUUUUCUUUUCCUUUUUCUGUGUUUUUUUCCUGUCACUGGCCCAGUUGAGGGAGGAAUAAAGCACAGUGAGUAAGACUGGCAUGGAAAAGCCUCUGGAGUGUGUACCUGUCUCCAAGUUGUGAGUGCAGUGUAGAGGCCUUUCCACAGUGACCCUUGGCUUGUCUCAGACCUUUCCCUGCUGAUGAUGCUGUCAAAUUCAGCAAAGGUCCUGUGGCAACCCAGGGUAUCCUUGAUCCGCUUUUUAUGUAUGGAAGGCCUCCCUCCUUUGGUGUUGAUGUCUUCAUGGAUUACAAGCUUUCAGAAGCCAUCCUGUAUUCUGAAUAAUCCCACUUCACUGGAAUCAGCUCUGAGAUCACUGACCAAGCAGCCUUACUUUGUGAAGACAGUCACCAUGCAAUCUUAAGUUUCAUAAUUGGAAAAUUUGUAUAUAGCCACGAGUUUCAGAAUGCCAUUUAAAAUAAACAAUCUUCAAAUAU